AUAAGGGAUUUUCAACCUGUAAUGUAAUAGUGUCAUGUUAUUCCAUGUCAGGCAAAUAUACAGUACAGGUUGUGAAGGAACUUCAACCCCUAAUGGCAAACCCACUCCCUGAAACAACUGAGAAAAAUGCAGAUCAGACGAAGCAACAGCAGGAAGAUAAGACACAAAAACAGGCAGCGGUAACAUCCAUACUUCAGAAGGCCAAAGCCCUCUUUAAACCUGUCUCCUAUAUCUCAGGGGACAUGAAAGUCUUUGGAGAAUGGAUGAAAGGUCAGUUUUUUGCGAUCCAGUUUUUUGACUGGGUUCUUCGAGGUGCCGCUCAGGUGAUGUUUGUCAACAAUCCUCUCAGUGGGUUGAUUAUUUUCGCUGGACUAAUUCUGCAGAACAGAUGGUGGGCACUCAAUGGCUUUGUGGGGACCAUGUUUGCAACCAUUUCUGCACUCCUUCUCAAGCAAAACAGGGGGGGUAUUGCUGCUGGACUCUAUGGUUACAAUGGAAUCCUUGUUGGUCUUCUGAUGGCCGUGUUCUCAGAUAAAGGAGACUGGUACUGGUGGCUUUUACUUCCCAAUAUCUUCAUGUCUAUGGCGUGUCCAAUAGUUUCCAGUGCCUUGGCUUCAAUCAACAGCAGAUGGGAUCUACCUGUUUUCACCUUGCCCUUUAAUAUUUUAGUUUGCUUGCACAUGGUAGCAACUGGACAUUACAACCAUCACUUCCCACAGGUUCUCAUUCAGCCAAGAACAUCCUUGCCAAAUCUGACAUGGUCAGAAAUUGAUGUACCUCUGCUAUUCCGUGCAGUGCCAGUGGGUAUUGGCCAGGUGUAUGGCUGUGACAAUCCCUGGACUGGAGGAAUUUUUAUAGUAGCCCUAUUUAUUUCAUCGCCAAUUACUUGCAUACAUGCAACAAUUGGUUCAGCAGUUGGUAUGGUUUCAGGUCUGGCUCUGGCAUCUCCAUUUCAGAACAUUUAUAAUGGCUUGUGGGGGUAUAACUGUGUGUUGGCAUGCAUAGCAAUUGGAGGAAUGUUCUAUGCUCUGACAUGGCAGACCCAUCUUCUAGCUAUUGCUUGUGCAUUUUUCUGUGCAUACUUGGGAUCAGCCAUUGGAAAUGUGAUGUCUGUGUUUGGGUUGCCUGCCUGUACUUGGCCCUUCUGCCUCUCUGCACUCACAUUCCUGCUGAUCACUACUGAGAUCAAAGGCAUAUGCAAACUACCUCUCGCCAAGGUGACCUACCCCGAAAAAAAUCUUCGAUAUUUCAGAAAAAUGAAAAAAGCUGAGAAGGCUGAGAAACUGCAGAAGGAAAAGAAAGAGGACCUUCAAAAGAAGAAAGAAAAAAAUGAUGUAGAUCUGAUUCAAAAUAAUAAUCUCACGGAGGUGCUCACAGUAGAAAAGCCUUUUCUUUUACAGAAUAUGAAUGCUGAAGAGGUUGAUAUGACACUGAAAGGCACUGAAGAUGAUCUGACAGAAGUGAAAAUUGAAGAAGUGAUGGAUUCUGUUUAAAGCUGAUGAAAAAUGACUCUUAAGACAUCUAUAAGUUUUCCUUCUCUACCGACAAAAUUCUCACAAUAGUAGACCCUUUUCUGAAUUACAAUUAUUUUUUUCUUAACAAAAUCACUUAAAAAGACUUUUACA